GGGUGGAGUUGCUCUCAAACUUGGAAAUGCAUUUCCUCCCCUCCCAUGUUUCGCAGGCAAGAAUCCUUAUCUACUCACUGCAUAAAAAGGGAGGAAGAUUGAAGGAAAAAGAACUGGAGCAAUCAAUAUUGGAACCCCCAGUCUUCUCAUCAAUCUGUAUUUGUAAGAUGUUGCAGUGUAUGAGAGAGUCAAGAAAAUUAUGGUUUGAUGUUGUUAAAACCGAUUCGACGUUUACUCAGAUUCUAAAUCAGACGGUCCAUCUCGCAUCACCAACCCUCAGUCUCAGGCCUUUUCAACAGAACCAAAGUUUGAGAAAACUGUUGGAAUCAUUGGAGUGGGGAAUAAAUUUUAAAACUCAAUGGUGCGUGUAAGUUUGAUUUCACUAUUAUGUUUUUGGCCGCCUUUAUAUUAUUGUAUGGUUUCUGAGAAAAGGGAUCGAAUGAAAAAAACAAUUUUUAGUUUUAGUU